AAUCGAAAAUGGCGGAAUACCUGGCGUCCAUUUUCGGUACAGAGAAAGAUAAGGUGAACUGUUCUUUCUACUUUAAAAUUGGUGCCUGCCGCCAUGGUGACCGAUGCUCCAGAUUACAUAAUAAACCAACUUUCAGCCAGACCAUCGUGAUUCAAAACAUCUACCGUAACCCCCAAAACAGUGCGCAGACGGCCGACGGCUCCCACUGUAAGUGCCUCCGGUCCAGUCCUCUCAGCCCACCAGGUCAUUCUAGCUCUCUCCCCCUCCUCAGAUUUUAGGUCUGCGUCUCCACUGGCUUCCUGCAGGGCUUCGGAGGGUCUGUCUCAGCACUGGUAGCAGGGGGUACCACAACACAACACUUUAGUAUAUCGCCAAUCGAAUAAAUAUAUUUUUUCAUCCGUUGCCAUUCAGAGGUCUAAGCCUAGGUGUAGAAUGACAUGCUCUGAUAGUGACAUUGAAAAGGACUCAAAAAAAUAAUGCCUUGAUCCCCACUAUUCACAUUGGAUCUUUAAAGCUAUUAUCCACAGGAAAUCUCCACAUAGUACCUGUUUUCUAACAGUUAUAAUGCACAGAUGACAGACUUUAGGUAUUUUUCAGGUGCUUUCAGAGAAGACUGACAAUACACCUGCCCUAGUGCCCAACAUGCGUUUGUGAAUAGCUAGGUUUCCAUCCAAUUGGCAACAUUUUAUGGGAAUAUUCGAAAAUCUGCAUAAAACGAUGUGCACAUUUUUCCCCAUGAGAUAUUUUUCUGUUGCAGAUAAAAGGCUGCGUGAUGAGAGUGAACAUAAAAAAAAGUUUGCUGCUUAAUUGGUUUCCAUUGCAUUUUCAACUCUACUGAUGGUUUUCUCACAAGAGAACGUGGGUUAUCGCCAGUGUGCCCACUCUGGUAUUGGCACGUUCUCUCUAGCAGCGCUAUCUGCGCACUGUUGGCUAGAGUGCGUGUAUAGCCUACAUGAUUACAUUUAUUAUUAUUAUGGACAAAAGAGCAAGAUUAUUUUUGUCAGACUGCAGCCAAGUAUCGAUAAUCAUGUCACUAGAACAAGACCCUCAAUAUUUAUUGGAAAGGAGCAUCAAGCUCAUCACCUUGCACUUUCACCACCCUGUGAAGUUCAUCGUAACUUUCAUCUGUAGUCUAAUAAACUGCAUGCUUUACCGACGAGUCAUAGUGGGAGGACCACAUGUCAUAUAUCAAUAUUUGCGCUUAAAAGCGUUUCCACCAACAUUUCUCCCAUUAAUUUUACCAACUCAAAAAGAUCCCACCUUGUCUAGCGUGUUUUGUUUUGUCGACAUUUGGAAAGUUGAAUGAAAAAUGUUUCCAUCAGGCCUGUCAGGGCUUUUUUUCAUCCGACAUGUUUCUACUCGCAUUAAAAGGUUGGAGAAGAACCUGGUUAGACAGCAAACACAUCUACAUGAGUUACUGUCUAGACACAGAACAGUUUGGGAUUUUAGUUUUUGCUCUUCCAAUACUGCCGCCCCUAUAUGUUAGACUGAUUCAGACGUCAUCAGCCAUAUUGUAAAUGUGUAAAUGGUACCCUGAUGUUGAGCCCCGGCUAGCAGAGCUGAUGCAUUGCCACUCUCUUCCUCUAAGGUAAGUCGUGGGUUUGUGGUCUUGUUGCUGUCAUGUGUAACUGUUCUGUUUCUCAGCUGAGAAACUCAGAAUGACUGGCAAAAAGUUACUUUUAAAAAUGUAUUAAAAGGAAGAAAUGAUAACUAGUAAUAGAAACAUCUUGGCAUCCAAUCACCUAUGAUUCAGCAAGUUCUAGAGGUCAUUUCAAGCCUCCAUGACCUGGUAUGUAAUGUUUGGGAGGCUAAAUUUUCGGUUCUAUUGGAUUUUCCACCAUAAUUUUCCAUAGUCAAAUAUUGUCAUGCUGAGACAUUCACUUCUUCCAGCUCCAUCUCUUUCAGCGUGGACCAGUCCCAUGGAUCAUCUUAACCUCUUUCAGUCAUCCCUUCCUACCCUGUUCUGGGCCUGGUUGGGGCACAAGUACACAGUUUUGAGGGAGGGGGAUGGGAGUAAAUGCACCUAUUUAACUACCAUUUUAGAAAUCUGCCUGAAACUAUCUCAAAAAUGUACAUUUUGUAUUUCAGACCAUUGCCCUCUUGAACAUUUACCGUAACCCUCAAAACACUGCCCAGUCUGCCGAUGGUUUGCGCUGUGCCGUCAGUGAUGUGGAGAUGCAGGAGCACUAUGACGAGUUCUUUGAGGAGGUCUUCACAGAGAUGGAGGAGAAGUAUGGAGAGGUGGAGGAGAUGAACGUGUGCGAUAACCUGGGAGACCAUCUGGUCGGAAACGUAUAUGUGAAGUUCCGUCGUGAAGAAGACGCGGAGAAGGCAGUGAUGGAUCUGAAUAACCGCUGGUUCAACGGUCAGCCCAUCCACGCCGAGCUCUCUCCCGUUACCGACUUCAGAGAAGCCUGCUGCCGCCAGUACGAGAUGGGGGAGUGCACUCGAGGAGGCUUCUGUAACUUCAUGCACCUGAAGCCCAUCUCUAGGGAGCUGAGGAGGGAGCUAUAUGGACGCCGCAGGAAGAGGGGAGGGGGGCAUCAUUCUCGCUCCCGUUCCAGGGAACGUCGUUCGCGCUCAAGGGACAGAGGAAGGGGAGGUGGAGGUGGAGGUGGUGGACGCGACCGCGAGAAAAGGCGCUCCAGAGACCGAGAACGCUCUGGAAGAUUCUAAACAGAGCAUCUACCAAAGAGCCAUCCCUCUCCAUUAUCACUCUCCAUCCAUCCCCAAAUCCCUCUAUCCUUGCCUCCAUUGCAGCCUAUCAAUUCAUCCUUGGCCCUUUCAUAUAAUUGCGUCCCAAUGACAUUAAUUGGAAGAUGUUGGACAUGUUUUUUUUUUUCCUUGUUUUGUUUUUUUCAAGAAAUGGAACGCUUUUCUUUUCAAUAAAAAAAACUAUAUGAUUUGUACAAAUUUCUUUGAAAUAGUUACUCUGGAAAACAAAAAGUAAUGUUUUUAUAGUGAUCAGCUAUGAGUAACUUUUGCCUUGAGUCAUCAUGCUCUAGACUGGGCUUACUGUAAGUGAGGGAAUUUAAAUACUUCCCAUAGACUCCCAGUAACUUGACUCCCUCAGCUAAUUUCUCACACAGAACAUGCUCAGCUGUGAACUGAGUGUUCACUUGGCUCAAAAAGACAGUUGCCAUAGAUAUGAAGGAUUAUCUCCUAAACCAUAACCAUAUCAUACCUCUUUUUUUCCAGUUUCCCAUGCCAACAUUUGCCUGUUUGGAUUAUGUCUACAAGUACAUAUUAUUGACUGUGUUGACCUAUAAUUUUGGAUAAAUUGACUUGGCUGGAGAGGGAGGAGUCAAGGCCAUAGUGUGGUUGAAGUAACACAUUUAAUACAGAAUUCUUCUGGGUACUUACAUUCAAUAUGAGAAUGAUAAGAGUGUGCAAAGCUGUCAAGGCAAAGGGUGUUUACUUUGAAGAAUCUAAAAUAUAUUUUGAUUUGUUUAAUACUUUUUUGGUUACUACAUGAUUCCAUAUGUGUUAUUUCAAUGUUUUGAUGUCUUCACUAUUAUGCUACAAUGUAGAAAAUAGUACAAAUAAAGGAAAACCCUUCAAUCAGUGUGUCCAAA